ACUGCGCUGAUGCAAAUGCUCUCUCUCUCUCUCUCUCUCUCUCUCUCUCUCCGUUUUUCCUUCUCUUUUUUUUUUCAGAGCUCUCCCCCUUCGCACGGCCCCUUCUCCCUCUCUGUCUCUCUACCCUUUUUCGAAUUCAACCUCUGCUCAGCUCUCCUAGCCCAGGUGUUCUUUCUGCACGUGAAGUUUAACGUGAAGCUCUUCCAUGGAGGAGGUUGACUUAGUUCGGCCAGAUCAUGAUGUCAAGGGCAUUGAAGAAACAGAAGCUGAGCAGUUACUUCCCCGUGAUUCUCCUGAUGCAUAUGAUAUAUUUGGAGAUCCACUGGUGCAUCCUCGAGUUGGUUGUGAAUACCAGGCCGAAAUACCUUCCAUCAUAUUGGAAUCUGAGCAUUUUCAUCUUUUAAUGAAUUCUAUUGAUACAAAAGUCAUGGAAGAUUCUUCCCACUCUUCUCUGAUGGGAUUACCCAUCCCAAUUAUGUGGGUUGUUGAUGAAGCAUGUAAUAUUAAAAAUGAAGGGGCAGGAACAUUUUGUAAUCCCUACAAAGCAGUCAGUGUAAAUGGUUUUGUGGAAUCUAAAUGCAGGAACAAGGGGCAGAUUAAUCCAACCAAUAAAAAUUCUAAACACAAAGUUGAAACCUUUGAUCCUGGAUUGCACUGUGAAAAAGAAAUAGAAUCAAUGAGCCUAGAUUCUACAAUUGAAAAUUCUAACCUGGAUCAAAUUUAUAAAAGCAAAAGCUGUUGUCCGCUCCCUGGUUCUUUAGGUGGCUCAUGGAAUGAUAUUGAAAUGGAUAGUUUUGUCCUUGGUUUAUACAUAUUUGGGAAGAAUCUUGUUCAGGUGAAGAAAUUUAUGGAGUGCAAAGAGAUGGGAGAUAUAUUGUCAUUCUAUUAUGGUAAAUUCCACAAGUCUGAUAGACAUUGUAGAUGGUCAGAUUGCCGGAAAAUGAGAAGCAGGAAGUGCAUAAUUGGACAGAGGAUUUUUACUGGAUGGAGGCAACAGAAGCUGCUAUCUCGUGUGCUUCCUCAUGUCUCAAAAGAAUUCCAGGACACUUUGCUGGAGGUCUCUAAAGCAUUUGCAGUAGGAAGAAUUUCACUGGAGGAAUAUGUCUUUAGUUUAAGGAAUACUGUGGGAAUCCAUGUUCUUAUAGAAGCCAUAGGUAUUGGGAAGGGGAAGAAAGAUCUCACAGGCCUUGCCAUGGAGCCUUUGGAUGCCAAUCAAGUGUUUCCUAUUCGACCUGAAAUACCAAAUGGCAAAGAUUGUUCUUCUCUGACUUCUGGAGAUAUAAUUAAGUUUCUUACUGGUGACUUCCGAUUAAGCAAAGCUAAAUCAAAUGAUCUCUUCUGGGAAGCUGUUUGGCCCCGUUUGCUAGCAAGAGGAUGGCACUCUGAGCAACCAAAAAAUCAAUGUUAUGCUGGCUCCAAACAGUGGCUGGUUUUUCUCAUGCCAGGUGUUAAGAAGUUCUCAAGAAGGAAACUCGUGAAAGGAGACCACUAUUUUGAUUCUGUUAGUGAUGUCUUGACCAAAGUAGCAUCCGAACCAAAACUUCUGGAUCUUGAGAAUGAAGAAGCUAAAUCCAGCAGCUGCAAGGAAGGAGCAUGGCUCUCAGAAGUGAAAUCAGAGCCAGAUGAUGUGCUUGUUCACAAGCACCAGUGUUACCUUAAGCCUCGGGCUUCUGCUAGCAGUUCAAACUUCGUAAAAUUUACAAUUGUGGACACCAGUUUGGUUAAUGGAGAAAGGUCAUCUAAGGUGAGAGAAUUGAGAAGUUUGCCAAUUGAGACUAGAAGUACCUCUGACCAAACCAGUUCAGGAGAAACUGAAGCAGAUUCCUCUGCCGAUUCACUGGAUGAGCCAGAAUUUGCUGAUAGGUCAUUAAAUGAUAAAAAGUGUACUAAUAAUUGUAGCCGUGCUAAGGGUAUAUCUGACGGUAGUGGUUCAAAUACAAGAAAGCUAAUUAAUUGUUCUGGAGCUCCAAAGAAACUGCAGGAAUAUCACCAGGAUCAAAACACUAAUGCAUCUGAUGACAAGCACUCAAGGAGAGUUAUAAAGCACCAGUUCAGCCGGAGAGUGAAACCUGGUCAUUCUGAUGAUCCAGCCCCUCUAAUGAAACGGCAGAGAUUAGCUACUUGUAUGAAGGCAGAGGCCAACCUAACAAUGCAGACUUGCAUUGUGGGUCCUGAUUCAAAACAAGAGGAUCCCCAUCGCGUGUUGGACACACCAGAAGCAAGAAAGAAAGUUGUUUCUUCAGCAGUGCCUUCAGCAUUAUUCAUCAGUUCUGCAAAAGGCAGUCCUGAAGGCGAGAGUUGUGAAGGUAUCCCCAAUGGAAGUUGUGAUGGUAUGGAGAUGUCUUGUAUGAAAAAUGAGAAAUUUCAACAUUGGCCAUUGAUUGACCUGAACCUGCCCCAGGUCCCUUCAGAGUCUGACAGGGGUGAACCAUCUGUGAUGGAGGUGGACAAAGACCAGGCCAAUCUUGAUGCAAAUGGCUUGUGCCUUUCAGUUGAUACAAAUGAGCAUGUUGAUGAUGUUAAGGCAUUGGAAACUACUCCACUAAAUGUCGAUAUAGGAGGACAGCAUCCUGUUAUGAACCCCAGGAGGCAAAGCACCAGAAGUCGGCCAUUGACCACUAGAGCAUUGGAGGCUCUUGCAAGUGGGUUCUUAAACAUUAGACAGAGCCGGAAGCGUACAGAAGUUCAGAGACACGAAAAUUUGAUAUUGAGACCUUCUCGCAGGGCUCGCAGCAGAGUGCCAAUAGCUACAAGGUUUGGUAAUACUAGUAGUGUUAUUGUGAAUUCCAAAGAAGAUGGUUGCAAUGGUAACACAAAGAUGGUUGGAAAAUCUCUUGCCCCAACUGAAAGAAAACUAGCUCAUGAACUACUGGGGAUUUCUAAAGCUUCCUACUAUCAUGGUGUUUUGGGUGUCAAUGACAGUUGAUCAGGAAAAUGAUGAGUCUUACUAGACUAUGAUGCGGUGUGUUACAACUUACAUUCAGCUGAAGGCUUGCUAAUGGACAAUUGCUACCGACUUUAUGAAUAACAGAGGAGACAAACCUUCUUCAGAGAAACUGCCAUUCUUUCCAGCCCUCCAUUGGCUGAAAUUUACAGCUGGUGAAAAUUGGAGCACGAGAAAGUUGUAAAUAUUUUAUUGAGAGUUUCUGCUUCCUUUACCAGCUAUUUGCAUCAGAUGCCAGCCCCAAGCAUGAUCGUGGAGUUUAAUAUUUGACCACAUCUCUUGGAAAAUGUCUGAUAGUCGAAGGACGUGUUUCCUAUUCUUGAACAUGAUGUUUAUGUUGUAGCUCUUGGGUUCUAAAAUUAUCGGGGUUUGUGGGAAAGUCUGGUGAAUAACCAGUCUCCAAACCUUCUGAGCUGUCAUAGGCUGUUUUAUUCUGCACAUUCUGAAAAACGUACCAUGCUGUUUAUCCACCACUUGAGUGUGCUCAUGUAACCAUUCAUAAUAUAUUGGAUGAAUUUCUUGCUUA